GGGUCUUGUAUGUGGUCAAGUAAACAAACCACAAGAUUCUCUGUUUGGACUAAACUGACUGGCAUCAAAUUUGCACUAAAGAAGCAACGCUAAUCUUGGAGCUGGCACAAGCUGGUCUAUUCCUGACAGAACCAUGAAGAUGACAUCUCAGAGACAUGCCCGUUAUCUGUCAAUUGAUCUGAAAGAUGAUGCUACCCUGGUUUUCCGUAAGCCUAGUUGGCAGCUCAGAGCUUGCCUUGCCUCUGUGUUGAUCACCCCUAUCCUCUACCAACUCUACUUCAUUAUUGUCACCAUCAGAUACAUACUCUUCUUACAAAAUUUUUCCUCUCCCCCACGUCCUGCUUGCCCUGUGGUUGACUUGAGUUGGACCGGAGUGUUUCCUUGUGAGCUGGGAUGGAGGGGGAGUGCACUGGCCGUUCUCAUUCUGUCAGCUGUGCUUAUCACCUGCUACUCACUCAUCACUGCCUGCUUGGUGAGAUGGAACCCUCGGAAACAAUGGAACUCAACCACAUCAAUUUUUGAUACUCAAAAAAAGCCGACCAAGUUCCAAGUGAGAGUUCAGAGUACUAAUCGACUGAUGUUGCCCCCCACUCUCAGUCUGUGUAUACUGUUACUGAUAUUCCGCUUACUGUUACAAUCAGGAGAUGUUGAAGCAAACCCUGGACCAACGUUUAGCACCAUUCUGACUAUCAAUGAUUUGCCAUCUGUUUACGAGAAAUUGAUAAAAGCCGCCAAAAAGUGGUUCAACCUGGGACUUAAGCUGAAAGUGAGCCCCGACACCCUCGAUAAUAUCAGUGAUGAACAUCGAGAUAAUGAAACCUGUUUACGGAAAAUGCUAGCAGCUCGCUUAAAUACUGCCACUCUCACCUAUUCUGAAAUAUGUCAGAGUCUCAGAGCACCAACAGUUAGACGAGAUGCCAUCGCUAAAGCUAUAGAGGAGGAAUGUACAGACUUAUUUUCAGAUGAUGGUACUUCACCUGGACCAUCUAAGAGGCAGAAAUUGUCCACAACGACUCCUGGACCAACCAAAUCCAAAUCCGAUAAUCGUUCCACCAUCCAACCAGAUGAAGCAAUAGGAAUUUAUCGAUCAUACUUAACUAGUAUUUACGAUACAAGAUUCCUCCCUGCUGAUGACAAAUAUCCUCUCCAGUGUGUUAAGCAUUUUGUUAAUCUAGAAUGUGCAGAUGUAAGUAAACAUUUAUCGAGAAAGAAAAUUGAAGAAUCUUGGUCAGAAAUAGUUAAAGGCAAGCUGAAUAGAUUUCCUAGGAAGUCAAUCACAUUGGACCAGAUAGCUUCCAAAGUAGAGGGCAAAUUCUCUAAACUAGUUGUCAUUAAGGGGGCUCCUGGAGGAGGUAAGACGACUUUGUCAUGGGAACUGUGCAGACGAUGGGCUAAUGGUGAAGUUUGGACAGAUUACUCCCUCGUUGUGUUGCUCCGACUUCGAGAUGAGAAUGUUCAGAAAGCUGUAGAAUUAGUUGAUCUAUUUCAAUGUGAAGAUACUGAUUAUUCCCAAAAUAUUUAUGCUAUUAUCCGAAAGAAUCAUGGGGAGGGCAUACUUUUCAUUUUGGAAGGCCUGGAUGAGUUGACACCAUCCCUUAGAGAAAAUGACUCCAUAUUUAUGAAGCUAAUAACCGGACUUCUUCUGCCAGCUAGUACCGUGCUUGUUACCACUAGGCCCUGGGCUGUAUGCGAUCUACCUGUUACUUGUAGCUCAAGAGUUGAUCAGUUCAUUGAAAUUUUAGGUUUUUCUUCCGAACAAAUUCAUGAGUACAUUGAUCUAAUGAUCAAAGAUGGGGCUCCACCAGGACUACGUCAAUACAUUGACUCUAAUCCACGUAUCUCUAGUGCAAUGUAUAACCCUCUUCAUGCCAGAAUUGUAGUUGAAGUGUACAGAGAAAACUACGAGAAUAGCGAUAGCAUAAUCCCCAACACAACAACUGAACUAUACACCGAAUACUCUCAAAUUUUGAUUAAAAGAUGUUUAGAGAGUGAUUGGAGUGGUGAGCUGAGUGAGUUACCUUCAUCACUUCAGGUACAUUUUGAUAAGCUCUGCCAAAUUGCAUACAAUGGAAUAACAAAAGAAAAACAACAAUUGGUUUUCUUCAAGGAAGAUGUUGUUGAUACUAACACACUUGGAUUCAUGAACAGUGUACAUCCUUUAUAUAAUAAACGCAACAGUUCUCCAUCUUACAAUUUCCUUCAUCUAACACUUCAAGAGUUCCUCGCUGCGUUUUACGUCUGGAAAAAUAAAACCCCACACGAGCAGUUGAUUUUGUUUGAAGAUGAUAGAUCUUACAAGAUGAUUCUAUUGUUUUUAGCUGGAUUGACUAAACUGAAUGACCCAUGGACACAGUGUGUGCUUCCAACUCCUUAUGUGUACUAUAAGAAAGGAUCGUCAAAAGCCGAGAGACUGUGUAGAUUCUCAAGUGAUCAAAUUCUGUGGAUCUAUGAAAGCCAAAAUGUGCAAGCCAUGAAGGACUUGUAUUGUAAUGUGCUGUAUGAACAACCGCUAUAUGAUCCGAGAAUUGAUCAGUUUGCACUUGGUUAUGUUGUAGCUUCUGCUCAUUUCAAAGUAACUGAAAUGAACAUGUUCAAGUUUAAUGAAAAUAAAACAAUUGGACCAUUCAAUUAUGGUGUUUUGGAUAGAUCAAUGAUAUUAGCAGGAAUCAACAAAGUGUUGCCUUCUUUUACUCUAAGUGUAAAGCGUCUGAAAAUGUCUACCACAUUCAAGAUUCCAUCUGCUUGGCAUACACUCAUUGAUAGGAUACUACCAGAAUUAGAAAGCGUCAGUAUCAGUAAUCUAAGAUCAAGAGAUAUUGGGGUUGAUUGGCCUGAUGUUCCUUGUGCAUUAAAAAUAUUUGACACUAUACAGCUAUCUCCAAACUUAAGUGUUGUAGAGCUAGAUUUUGGCAUCUCAAGAGACACUGUGAUACGAAUACUUGAUAUUUUGAAGCCAAAACACUACUUGAAAGUUUUGAAAUGUGCUCAAGUAUCGCCAGCUGAUGAAGAGUUGUUGUCUGACUUCAUUGCACAUUCUAGUAUUGAAAUGUUGGUGAUACAUUUGGCACAAGCGCCUUAUGUUAUUGAGUCACCCAUCACAGAUACUAAUAAUUGGUGUAUUUCAAUUGGAUUGAACGUGACUGAGUUAAAAAGGAAUAGCACGAAAAUUUUGCCACAUUUACUGUCUGAAUAUUCAAUUACCAAUAACAAGGCAAAAAAAACGUUUCUAACAGACAAUGUGGUUUUUUCAGAGUCUACUAUCAGAAACUUAAUUUCGAUAUUAAGCCACUGGAAACUAAGCUUACAAUAUCUGCGAUGCUCUUCCAAUGUUAAGUUGACUCCCGGACAAUCUCAGCAGCUUUUUAGUACUCUACUCAAUUGUCAGAUACUUAAAGAACUCGAUAUCGAAAGUGAAAUAAAGGGCAAAUUUGAAUAUUUCUGUAUCCCCCAGCACUUACAAUCACUGACUUUGUUUUGUCCUGAUAAUGCCUGUGAUGUUUUACGUUCUCUCAAAGACAAUCGAAUACAUUCUAUUAAAAGCUUUCAACUUACAUGUAACUUUAAUUGGAAUUUUGAUGAAGCUAUUGGUGAGUAUCUACAGACUGACACGUCUUUAGAGGAAUUGACAUUGAAGUAUAAUAUUAUUGAUUUAAAAAGUAGCCUGAGUCAUUUAGUGCAGGGACUGCAAGUUAACACAUGUCUAACUAAGCUAACUAUUUCACCUCAUAUUAUUAUUGAAAGGUACUCAUAUGAUGAUCCCAGAUUGCUUGAGCUGGCCCAAAUGUUUCAGCUUAAUACAACUCUACAAUUUAUUGAACUUGCGGUUGAUAUGCAGUUGCCAAUGCUGGAUCUACUACCUGUUUUGGAAGCAUUGAGAGAAAACAAUACAGUUAAACACCUGAUACUCCAUCUGUAUGUGCUACAAUUCACUGAUCAUGAGUCCUUCCCUAGAGGAACACCGUACACUGUUACCACUGAAGAGGCUGAAGCUGUGGGUAAUGUGUUAGCCAAGAACAAGACUCUAGAGGUGUUUCACUUCAUUGCCAAGAUCACUGAGUGCUCCCCAAUUGUCAGGGGGCUGUUGGAAAACAAAACACUGAAAGAAUUCGGCAUUUCUGGCUGGAAGACAAAAAAGAACAUUGUCACAUGUCCCGAGUACGUUGAUGUCAGACGAAGAAUUGUGUUUAUGGAGAGAGUAUUGCCUUAUUUGCCUUGAAUUGCCUUUUUAUAAUUAAAUGAGUAUGACUAUGUAGCUGUAAGGACUCUAGUCUAGUAGUGUUAAUUGUUGUGACAGUAUAAUUAUUAUGAUAUUAUCCUAUGGAUACUGAAGAUUAUCACGAGUCUGUGCCAGUAACUGCACGAGUGCCUGCAAGGCACGAGUGACAGUUACUAGGCACGGACGAGUGAUAAUCAUCAGUAUCCAUGGGAUAAUGCAUUUAUUGCUUGGCAACCAAAAUGCAAGUUGAAUCUGCGCAUGCGCAACAUGCGGUUGCUUUAUCAACCAGAAGAAUGCGUAGCAACAAAAUUGAUUUCUCCCAGUUGAAGACGAGUUUAAGAGAAAGAAAACAGCUAGAAAGAUAAAGAAAUAAGACUCUAGAACACCAAGAGAGCUUGCAGAAGGCUACUUAAAGAUUUUGUAGAGAACAGACAAGAAAAACGUUGACAACCAGCAACCCGUUUUGAAAAUGGAUAGUUCUGAAGGAUAAACAGCAUGUGCUUGCUUUCUAUCAUGCUCCAGUGUAUCAGAAGAGGAAACAUGCACCGCUAUAACUGAAGAAAAGUGUGACAACCGUUUUUGAAGCCAAAACGACUUUAUACAAGGCUGAACAGGCUUAUAUGGUGGUCCAGUACACUUCUACAUGUGCAAUACUCUGCUCAAAGCACCCACUUCCAACACUGAUGCCUGUUUGAUGCGUUAAAUAUGAACACUGACAACCUCCUGACCCUCAGCUUCACUGCAAAAAUAGCACAGAAGUGAUACAGAGCAUCAGAAAACAAGAAAAGAGACUGAUAAACAUUGCAAUGCAUGAUUAUAAGUGUGUAAACUAUGUUUUUUCUUGUUCUCUCACUGCUGAAAACGUUUUAUUCCAAAUAAGAAUCACUUCCUAGUGUGCAAUAAUACUUCCGGGUGUGCAAUAUGGAAAAAUAUCUGCACAGUCGGUGAUGAGUCGCUUCCUGUGCAAUUUGAAUGUAAAACGCUGAUGUCAGCACUUAUUAAAAAGCAAUAAAUAUAUAUAUUUUUUUGUGUACCAUUGGGCAGAGAGUAUAAACUCUAUACAAUAAUUAUACACUCCAUAAUUAUUUAUGUCUCUAAUAGCAAUUGUUUUUGAUCGUUUCGUUGAUUUGGUAAUUAAAAUCUUCUCUUCAAACAACAUAUUAAAUGACACGACUAUAAUUAUAGAUUUCAUUUUUA